UCGGAUUAGGUGGCAUACGUCGAUUGAUCCACGUUCUGAUUGUCCAUCUCCACCCUUCUUAGGCUGAGCCCCCUACGCAGGAACGGGUAGGCAGUCAAGUGACUAUAAGCAACAUGCUCCUCAGUCAAGAAGUAGUAGACACGGAAUCGACAAUAUUCAACUUGAAUUCCUUCUUCAGCCAUGCUCAAAAUCUAUUAAUCACGUUGUAAGAUGUCCGAAAAACAUGCUAGCGGGAGCGAGAGUGAAGGGGAAGAGGGUGAGCCAUGUCCAGUUUGUCGUGACUUCGAUCCCGAUUUGGCACCUCGCGUGACCAAAGUCAACCAGACAAUUUUCUCGCCCGAUCCCUUCGGGUUAACCUUAGGGGUGAAGUCGUCGGAUCCGGAUUGCCCUAUCUUCUCUCAGUUGAAUGAGGCCGAGGUCGAAGAAACCCAGGCAGAGGAAGGGUCCAGUGGAGAACCUCCCCUCUACGAGAUAGAUAAAUCGGUAUCGGAAGUCUGGGCGCAAGCACGAGAAGGUUGUAAAUCAUGCCAGAUUCUCUUCAUGGCACUCUUCUUUUCAUGGAAGACUAGCGAUGCGAUUGAGCCCGACCAGCGCUCCGAGAAGGCAUUUCAAGAAGCCGUGCAAUCACUCUAUCUCCAUGUGAUGCUUUCGCCUGGGAGAAAGGUGCGUGUCGAUGUCACAACGCGAGACGGAGGGCGCAUAUCUGUCUCGCGUACCGACGUGAUCUCAUAUGAACUUUUCGCCUUAGCAAAUAAGCCAAGCCCUUGGAAUAUCAUCGGUCGCCUUAAAAGCUCACCAGUAAGCGUUUUGAACGAUCAAUAUCGUGAUUUCGUGGAAAAGUGGAUCAGCGAAUGCGCGGAUGAACAUCUCUAUUGCGGCCCACUCACCCCGGCGACGAUGCCGAAGAGGCUCUUGAAUGUAGAUCCUAGGAACGGGGAUAUCAUUUUCCUGGAGGAAGAUAUCGCGGGACGGGCUCCGUAUAUUACAUUGAGUCAUUUCUGGAAGAUUUCCCAGCCACUGAGGAUGACCCAUGAUAGGCUAAACCGGCUAGGGGUUACUAUUCACCUCGAUGAGCUUUCACCUACGUUGCGUGAUGCUGUCCGGAUAGCGAGGUGGCUAGAUAUCCAGUAUCUGUGGAUAGAUUCGCUUUGUAUCAUCCAAGAUGACGCAAAGGACUGGGAAGAGCAGUCAGUUCAAAUGGGCAAUAUCUACAGGCAAUCCUAUUUCACCAUAGCCGCACACGUUGCCACUAAUAACGCAUCUCCAACUCAUGGGUGUUUUCUCGAGCGCAAGCACUUUCGUGAAAUUUCCCAUCAAGAUGACUCCGGUACGACCUGUUCUACUGUGGUGCGAGGAGACUUCGCUCACGAGGAUGAUCCAAUAACUCCGGACGCCCUGACAGGAAGAGGGUGGUGUUAUCAAGAACGGCUCUUAGCAUCCAGAAUCAUCCACUUCCGCCCCAAAGAGAUUACUUUCGAGUGCUUCGCCGGCACCAAAUGCGAAUGUGACGAAUUGCUCCCUCAUGGCAGUGAUCCUAUGGGGAGUCGUCCCUACAAAUCGUUCAAAGAAGGGUUUGCAGAAUAUGCGACGAUAGUGGAACCUUACGAAGGCUCUGCCGCGGAUAUUCUCAACGGUUUAAACGCCCAGAAAGCCUGGUUGGCAUGGCGCGAUAUGGUAGCGAAUUACGCCACAACCGACUUCACUUUCAAAGCAGACCGACUGCCAGCGCUCGCUGGUGUGGCAGGUCGAAUGCCAAAACAGGCUUUCGGUAGCUACGUGGCUGGCCUUUGGACGGGUGAGCUCGUAAGCGAGCUUUUAUGGCGCCGCUCUUUCAACGUUAAACGUUUCCGCGACAAACCCUAUAUCGCGCCUAGCUUUGCGUGGGCGUCCGGAUCCGGACCAAUCACAUGGUGGAAUCCGUGUCAGCGACCUGGGGAAUCCGGUCUUUUAGUCCUCGCAAAAGUCCUCGACGUAAGUUGUGAGCUUGCGACGUCGGAGCCUUUCGGCCAAGUUCGAGACGGGUCAAUCCGGUUAUCUGGGAGAGUUGCCCCGGUUAGGCUACGGAUUCCCUUUCUGCAGCGAAUCUCCUGGAUUCUUAAACUGAGCCCGCGGAUGCGGAGAAUCGAAUGGCUAACCAAGGCGUCUGGUAUAACCCAUUGGUUCUGUGUCAAGUUGCGUCAGUUCGCAUGGAAAUUAAACAACUACCGAGUUUUACACCCCGCGCGAGACCUUGUCCGAUACCUGGUAGAGAAUAUCGAUGGCGACGAAAAUGAUACAGUAGCCAGAAUAGCGCAGCUCGUAAGAAAAGAUAGACCCUUUGGCGAUUUAAACGGAUGGGUUGGCAACGCCACUUCAGAUACCGAGGAAGACUCGCCGAGAAUGGUGUUGGAAAACCUCGUCGCAAUUGAGCUUGCCGCUUGGUCCAAAAACUUCUCGGAGAUAGAGAACGGGAACACUGGACGCAUUGAGGUCGGAGCUUUGUUACUAGCGCCCUCGAAAGGAAGAAAAGGGCCGAAGAUGGCUACGAAGCGAACUUGAGGAGAUUGAACGAUUGUUUUGCUGGCUGCGAAGAGAGUGAGGUUGUGAUAGUAUGAAAAUGGUGAUUGUGGAUCUCGUCGGGGGUAAAUCUUUCAAGGUUGGUUUUGGUAGAAAACCCAAUAACUUUAAGGGAUGUAUGUAUCUGGUGUGUAUACAUGUGUCUAGACUAUACGAUUGCUGGCGUAAUAGUAGUUAGUGCGUAUCACGGUUUAUGGAUGGUAUAUGAUAACAAGGACAAGGUAGCCAGCCAGUAGAUAAAACAUCGACUUUGGCAAAAAUAAGCUUGACAGUAUCGCGUUCCUCGGUUUCUUCGCCUAUAAUUA